UUCCUUCUCCCCUCGCCCCUACCUUCCAGACCCAGGUGACUGAUAAUAUUACCUCUUUUUUCGCCGUCCCGUUGCCUGCGUCAACAAUGGCUGCCGCCGUAUCCGCCCCUUCCCCCGCAUUGCGCGGCGCCGUCUCCGCGGCGCGCCAUGUUGCCGCCCCCAAGGCCAGCAGCAGCGCCGCCUCGCCAGCGCCGCCUGCACCGCGAGUGACGCUCAGAUCGUCGUUCACGCAAUCGCCCACCGCCGUCACCGGCAGGAGCCGGUCGAGUAGCUGCCGUCAAAUCGCUGCGUCGCGGCGGCGAUCGGCAGUGAGCGCGUCAGUGGCAGCAUCGGCGCAAGAUGCGCAUUUGGCGGCGGCGGAGGCGGAGUGGGCGAAGCUGUCGAAGGUGUGCGCAGUGCUGGGCACGCAGUGGGGCGACGAGGGCAAGGGAAAACUCGUCGACAUCCUCGCACAGCGAUACGACGUCGUCGCACGCUGCCAGGGCGGCGCGAACGCGGGGCACACGAUAUACGACAGCACGGGGCGGCGGUUCGCGCUGCACCUGGUGCCGUCGGGCAUUCUGCACCCGAACGCGACGUGCGUGGUGGGCAACGGGCCCGUCAUCCACCUGCCGGGUUUCUUCAAGGAGCUCGACGGGCUCGAGGCCAGUGGCGUGCGCGUGGCGGGGCGCAUCCUGGUGAGCGACCGCGCGCACCUGCUGUUCGACCUGCACCAGACCGUGGACGGGCUCCGCGAGGCCGAGCUCGCCGGCGAUAAGAUCGGCACCACCAAGCGCGGCAUCGGGCCCUGCUACGCCAGCAAGGCGAUCCGCAAUGGCUUGCGGGUGUGCGACCUGCGGCGCAUGGACACGUUCCGCGCCAAGCUCGACACGCUGUACCGCGACGCCGCAAUGCGCUUCCCCGCCUUCACCUACUCCGAAGCCGACCUCGACGCUGAGGUGGCACGCUACCAGGAGUUUGCCGCCCGGCUGGAGCCGUACAUUACGGACACUGUUCACUACGUGGGCGAGGCGGUGCGCGGCGGGCGGCGCGUGCUGGUGGAGGGCGGGCAGGCGACGAUGCUGGACGUGGACUUUGGCACGUACCCCUUCGUGACCUCCUCCAACCCCUCGGUGGGCGGCAUCUGCACCGGCCUCGGCAUCCCGCCACGCGCCCUCGGGGAUAUCAUCGGGGUGGCGAAGGCGUACACGACGCGGGUGGGCGAGGGGCCCUACCCGACGGAGCUGUUUGGGGAGCUGGGCGAGCAGCUGCGCAAGGCGGGCCACGAGUUUGGCACCACCACAGGGCGGCCGCGGCGCUGCGGGUGGCUGGACGUGGUGGCGCUGCGGUACGCGUGCCACAUCAACGGCUUCAGCGCCCUCAACCUCACCAAGCUGGACGUGCUCUCCGGCCUUCCCGAGCUCAAGCUGGGCGUGGCCUACCGGGCGCCUGAUGGCUCCGUGCUGCCCGCAUUCCCGGCAGACCUGGAGCUGCUGGGGCAAGUGGAGGUGGAGUACGAGACGGUGCCGGGAUGGCAAGAGGACAUCACAGGCGUGCGGUCCUUUGAGGAGCUACCCGCCAACGCGCAAGCAUAUGUGAGGAGGAUUGAGCAGCUCCUGGACGUGCCUGUGCGCUUCAUUGGCGUGGGGCCCGGCCGGGAUGCCAUGAUCGUCCGCUCAUCCGAGUAGACUGCCAACCUGGACACUUCAAAGUAAUAAAACGACGUCAUUAUUAGCCAAUAGCUUUCCUGAUGUUAUGAAAAGAGCGUAAUAAAGGCAAUGGAGCUUGCUUGAAAAAGGAAGUAAUUGGAGGAAUGUGGCCAAGGAGGGGCUCUUAGGGUACAGUAAAUGACUGCAGAAUCC